UCGAGGCGUUGGUUGUGACAUCUACAGUAUGGAAAGGCUCCAAACGUCGACGAGAGGUCACUAGACCCAAAUAUAGACCCUAGGCUACUUAAGGUGAGAGCUCAAUCAGGAGCACAGCACAGCAGCAGUUCACGAACAUGAAAGGUCCAAGUUAGCCACCUCACCAAAGCUUCAGACCGAUUCUGUGGGGAUGGAGUUGAGCAGAAGAGAAGUGCCUCUGUAUGGGCAGGCCAAGGUGUUUGCAUUGCUGCAGGCCCCAGACCCCUUGCCAAAGGAGGCAGAGAUCUUCAUCGUUCUAGAAGGUUCUACGCUUGCCCAUGUGAUCAGAGCCCAGAACGAUGUCAUGCUCUGCUUCAUCGUGCCUGGUCAUAACCUGGCUGAGACUGUCUCAGUCUGUGCUUACAUCUACUCAGAGACCACACCUUUUACCUGUGUGGGAGGGUCCAGGCUCAAGUACGUCCAGGACGAUGCCCAGGAUCUGGCUGAGCACCUAGUAACCCACGGUCACCGCCUGAGCUCCAGCGACCACAGGGAGCUGAGCAGCCGCUUCUGCCUGAGCGAGGAGAGCUCUCGCUGGGCAAUGGACCGCCGUGUGGCCCUGGCCAUGGCCAACUUGGAUAUCCCCCACAGCUGGAAUGUACUGGCUAGUCCAUCUGGAGAGGAGUUGCGUCCCAGAGAAUCCCCUCUUCACUUGGCUGUGCGCUGGGGUCUGUGUUGUCUGGCUGAGCUGCUGCUGUGCCAGCCGGGAGGACUGAUGGCAGUGACUCUGCCCAACGAGGAGGGGGUCACCCCACUGCAGCUAGCACACAACAGAGGGCACACACAGCUUCUGGAGCUACUCACACACCCCCCCAACCCCCUGGCCACACCGCCGGCCGGUCUGUCCCAGGUGUGGGCUGUCCACUCUCAUCUGCUGAGGUUCUGUCACGACUCAGAGAACCUAACCCUGACUGUCCGACAGAACCCACAGUGGAACCACCAGCAGAACCGACAGGCUGAUAUUCUUCUCCUGAGAGACAGACUGAGAGAUCACAACUUCCUCCGACAGAUCAAGGCCCUGAGAAGAGAGCAGUCAGAGACCAUACUGGAGAAAGAGGAACUAGUGGAUGAACCAGGAGAGAAUGGUUUGUAUCCUGUCAUCACUGCAGGCAGUACCGCUACAGUAGACAAUGACUUGGAGGAGCACCUCAUGUUUUGUCUAAAAGAAGAAGAACAAGAAUCACUGACAUACUCUGAGAAGAGCCAGUCAAUGAGGAGGGCCCAGGCUCUGUCCUCUACUCUGGCUGCUGCCUCCAGACUCUCAGCUAUGAUCCACCAACCAGGGAAGGACCAGAUGCACACUAAUGCCAUGCUGGUGGACCAGGUGGAUGACCUGGAUAUAAAGUACCGUUCUCCAGUGGAGGAGGAGGUGAGCUCUGUACCACAGAGGAACAACCCUGCCUGGGACUCCUUCUUUGGAAGUCUCCCUGGCUCCAUGGCUCCUCACAGGGACCAGGCCUUCCCCCUUCCUUCCUCUCCCUUGGCCUACCCCUUUCCUUUCUCUGGUGGUGGAAAUAGGGGGAGGAUCCAGCCGUCCGUCUCCCUCUCCUCUGGGCUCAGUCACAGAGGAACUAGUCAGCCUGAGAAGACCUGUGUACUGAGUUCCAGUCUGGAACCAGUAGAGUGUGACAGUUGGGAGGAGGCCACCCUGUGCCAGUCUCCCCCCUCCCUCCCCAACUUCUCAUCUCCCUGGCAACGCUCCGACCUGCAUACUAGCUCUGGGGACGAGAGGGACUCCUUUGACAACUCGUUGCACUUCAACCGUACACACUCUAACCAUUCACACACACCUUCCAAGGAUCAGUCAGACACACAGCUUCGUCUGCGCUCUUACUCCUACUCCUCCCCCAAGACCCAGCUUCCACGCCCCCUGUUCACCCGAGAUGCAGCGAUCUCUGACCUGACAGAAGAGCAUAGAGACUUCAACUUGACUGAGACACCCAGAGAGAAGAGGGAUGUGGGUUUCCAUAAGAGGGUCCAGUCUGCUGAGGACGAAGGCAGCUCGUCAUCAUCACUCCAACACCUCACCCUCUCAGAGUUCCUCAAAGAGAUGGAGGACGAGGAGUGGGAUAAAUACAUAAUUCCCUCCAAAGUUGAGUCAGAGAAAUACAAAGUCAGCAGAACCUUCAGCUUCUUGAAGAGCAGGAUGUCCAGCCCACGUAACAAGAUCAAGGUGAAGGAGGGAAAAGAGAAGACUGGAAAGGAGAAGACAGGAGCAACUAACGUACACCAGUUUGUGCCAGUCUCUCCCUCAGGACCCUCUGGGCUGUCUGUAUAUGUGACCUGUGACAAGCCUGUCCCUGGGAAAGAGUUUCUGCAGUGUACCAACUGCUCUCUGAGUGUCCAUAAGGGCUGUCGUGACUCGACUGCAGCCUGUGGGAAGAGGCCUCUGGAGAAGAAUGUGGCGAUGUUAAAGUCCAAAUCUCUCCCACACAUGAUGAGGGAGGGUUCCCCUGCCUCCCUCACCUCUUCCUCCUCCCUCCUCACCAUGCUGCCCCGAGGCAGAAAAUAUAUGACUGCUCCCCUAUCUAAGAGCCCCUCUGAGUCUACAGACAGGAGGCUGAGGGAUGCUGUGGGGGUCAGUGUGGACAGUGACGUGUGGAACAGCUGCUCCCUUAAUGAAGAGGGGGUACAGGUCACAGGGACCGCAUCAUCCACAGACUACCAUCUCGCCACACAGGAGUCGGUCGACACCCCCCUGCUCAGCGACCUAUCGGCUGACCUGGUGGGGUUUGAGGUGGAGUCCUGGAGUCUGGCCGUCACAACUGAGUUCUGCAGAAAACACGACAAACACACCGUCAAACGUCAGGAUGUUAUCUACGAGCUGAUGCAGACAGAGUUGCACCACAUCCAGACACUGACGGUGAUGUCCGAGGUGUUUCGUCGAGGGAUGCUGGAUGAGCUCCAACUGGACUGGGAGUGUGUGGCUCGCAUCUUUCCCUGUCUGGAUCCUCUCCUGCUCUUCCACAGGAAUCUCUUUGGAUCUCUACAGGAGCGGCGAUACGCUUCAGCCCAGCCCGGACACCCACACAACUACUGCAUCCACAGUAUAGGGGAUAUACUGUUGCAACAGUUCUCAGAAGACAACGCUGUGAAGAUGAAGCAAGUGUAUGGAGAGUUUUGUAGUCACCACACGGAGGCUGUCAAAGUCUUCAAAGAGCUGCAGCAGCAGAACAAGAAGUUCCAGGUGUUUGUCAAACAACAGAGUAACAACUCUCUGGUCAGAAGAAGGGAGGUGCCAGAGUUCAUCCUGUUAGUGACUCAGCGCAUCACCAAGUACCCUGUACUACUGGAGAGGAUACUGCACUAUACACCCGAGGGCAGUGAGGAGCACACUGAGCUGUCGCGGGCACUCACUCAGGUGCGUGACAUCAUCACGGCAGUAGACACGAGUGUGAGCAAGUACGAGAAAGCCCAGGAGCUGCAGGAAGUGUUGAGUCGCGUGGAGAACAAGAGCCUUUCCAAGCUGAAGAGCGGCGAGGUGUUCCGCAAGGACGACCUGCUAGGAAAACACCAACAGAGGGAGCUGCAGCACAAGGGACUUGUCUACUGGAAAACCGCUACAGGACGACUGAAAGACACCCUGGCUCUGCUGCUGACUGAUGUCCUGGUGUUCCUGCAGGAGAAGGACCAGAGACUCAUAUUUGCUGCCGUGGACCAGAAGCCCCCAGUCAUCCCCCUGCAGAAGCUAAUUGUGAGAGAGGUAGCCAAUGAGGAGAGAGGGAUGUUCCUAAUCUCUGCCUCCUCAGUGGGGCCUGAGAUGUACGAGGUUCACACCUUCUCGAAAGAAGAGAGGAACGCCUGGAUGAGACACAUACGACGGGCCGUAGAGAGUUGUCCUGAGGAGGUGGAAGAGAGAAGUGUUGAGACUGAGGUCAGACGGAACACUGAGCUGAGAGUUCAGAAGAUCUACAAACUCCAAGACACCCUGGCAAGUCAGGACCAGCGUAUCUGCAGUGGUCUGGAGGAGAAGCUACAGCUGUAUGCCGAGCUGACAGAGUUAACCCUUCAGACACCAGAGCCCCUGCCACAGCACCACCUACUGGUCCAACCAGACCCUGAUGCUCAAAUGCCACCGCAGACCACUGCACUACUCACAGCUGCACUCAAAGAGGCGGAGAAGCUGAUGUCUACCUUGCAGGCCAGUGAGGCCCACACUGAGCCCAGCCACAGCCCCCCUGUCAGAGUCCCAGAGUACUGCAGCUACAACAGCCAUUGCAGGAUCCAGGAGUCACCCGCUGAGUUGGCCUAUCCGAGCAGUGUGAGCUCGGCCUCUCUGGUGUCGGAUGGUGAGUGGGCAGGGCCAGACACCAUCUUGUGGCACUCUAUAACUGAGCUGAGGAGAAGAGACACCAAUGGAGAACCAAUGAAGGUGGCAGAGAGUGUCCAGAGCCUGACCCAGCUGCUCUACAGUCUGCAGGCAGCUGUGACCAUCCAGGACAGCUGGUAUGAGGUUCAAAAGCUCCUCCUACUGGAGCUAGAGCACCCGCUCCCACACACCCCCGCCUGUCUCCAUGGCAAUGUGGCCCAGGAGCAGGAGAAACAGCGGAGUACUGAGAAGAAAAAGGAGGAGGUAGAGAGGAUGAGUGUGGAAAGGAAGAGAGAGGAGGUGGAAGGGAUUCAGAAGCUUCAGGGGAGGCUGAGACAGGACCAGCAGCGCUGGGAGAGAGAGUGCCUGGCCAGGGAAAGACAACAGGGGGAGAAGGUGAGUCUGUUGAAGCAGCGCGAGCGACAGUGUCACCUGGAGGCUGAGAGCCUGCGCCGAGAGCGGGAAGAGCUGGAGCAGCAGCUGUUGGAGUACCAGCAGAACCUAGAGAGGCUGAGGGAGGGUCAGAGGAGCAUGGAGAGGGAAAGGGACAGGGUGGAAGCCGAGCACAGGCUGCUCCAGAGCUGGAGACACAACCGCCAGAGCUCCCUGCCUAUUAUGAUAUCGCUGGACCUGGAACAGGUGUCCAACCACAGUCGGUCAGGCAGCCUGGACGGCAACGAGGCUGCUCUUCUUCAUUCCCUCCAACAGAAUCGUCUCCACCACAACCAGCACCAGCACCAGAGCCUCCACUCUGGCCUGAGAAAGAGCCAGGACAGCCCCCUAAAUAGCGCCAACCUGAGCCUCAGGCCCAGCCUCUAUUACAGCCUCAACACUCUGCUCAGCCAAGCCACCAGUAAACCAUCCACAGAAUUACUGACACACCAACACUAUGCUCACCCCCAGCACAGUCACCUCCAGUCAGGAAGCUCCCCAAACAACCCCUUUAGGAGCAGGUUCACCACAGGAGAUGAGGGGCCCAACAACAACAAUUUCAGCCCUCCACAGGACAGGCUGACCCUGGGGUUGUUGGGUUCAUUGGGGUCAGGGGUCACAGGCCUGGGUCUGUACGAGGAGAACUUCCCCACCUCGACAUCCCUCACUCCUCUCCUCACCCCACAGGCCUACUUCUCUUUGAAUGGAAAGAACAGUGAGGAUGGGGGAGAGGAGAACAUUGUGUACCUCUGAGGAAUGACAAGACUGAUGGAGUGAUGGGAGAGAAGAGUGCAGUGCCAACUGACUUUUGUACAUCUAUCAAUGUACCCCCUCUCUGCCUUUGUGUGUGUGUGCAUGUAAAUGUUUUUUACCCAAAAAAUGGGUUUGAGUUUUCGUCCGGAAGCGACGAAACAAAAAAGCAUUACAUUUUUAGCUGUAUUGUACUGUAUUGUUUGCAUUUUAAUGUAGGCCUUUAAGUUUAAGUUCAUAGCUUGUUUGAUAAGAUUAGUACAGAUUUUCUCAGGGGACACCACUUUGGGCCCAACUUUAGGAACCACUGUACUAACCUCCCUCUCUGCUUGCUCCCUCUCUCAUCUGCUUCCGCCUUGCAGCCUGCCUUAGCCUCACAUCACUGUCUGUAUCAGUAGCUCACUCUAUGAAGCAAAGUUACAACUUUGCGUUUUUUUUCUCCUGCUGAGGUAGGCUCCGUUUAACGUUAGCUUCUUACUUCAUCCUUCCAGCUGGCUAAGUAAAACUAGCCAGAGCCCUUCAACUCACUGCAAUAAAUCUCUGCCAGCAGAUGGCCACCUGA